UUCCUCACCCUCCUGUCUUUAUUUCUUUCUCCUCAGCCUAAUAUUUUGCCUGCUCCUGCUUGCUCUUCCCUGACCAAGCGUGACCCGCAGCCCUUUCCUUGGCUGCUUGCAUCUCAGAUCUGCACCGUACAUUUGAGUUGUUGUUUUAGAGAUCUGUAAUCAGCAGCCAUGGGUGUCCUCGCAGCUGUCGCUUCCUCCACAAACGUCGCCGCCGCCGCCGUGGCGACUAAGCUCUCCGCCAGCCGCGCCGCCUCCGUCGCUGCCGGCGCUGCGAAGAUCCUUCCCACCGCUCAUUUCGCGAAGUUCGCCAAGUCAUCCUUCGCGGGCCAAUCGCUGGGCUGCGCGGUCGCUAAUGCCGACGUGGCGCUGCGCGCCGAGCCCAGGGCCAGGACCGUUGUGACGGCUGCUGCUGACGGCGAUGCCGUCGGCGCCGCCUCCGGAGGCGGUCUGAGCAUCGAUCUCCGUGGCAAGCGCGCGUUCAUCGCCGGUGUGGCGGACGACCAGGGCUUCGGGUGGGCCAUCGCCAAGCACCUCGCGGAGGCGGGCGCCGAGGUGCUCGUCGGCACGUGGGUGCCGGCUCUGUCGAUCUUCGAGACCAGCCUAAGGAGGGGCAAGUUCGACGAGUCGCGCAAGUUGGCGGACGGCUCCCUCUUCAACAUCGCCAAGGUUUACCCCAUGGACGCCGUCUUCGACACCCUGGACGACGUGCCCGAGGAGAUCCGCACCAACAAGCGCUACGCCGGGUCGUCGGGGUGGACCGUCGAGGAGGUGGCAGCGAAGGUGAAGGCGGACUAUGGCUCCAUCGACAUUCUGGUGCACUCGCUGGCCAACGGGCCCGAGGUCACCAAGGACCUGCUCGAUACUUCCCGCAAGGGGUACCUGGCCGCCCUCUCCGCCUCGUCCUUCUCCUUCAUCUCUCUGGUUCAGCGCUUCGGCCCCAUCACCAAUAAAGGUGGGUCCGUGGUCUCCCUCACCUACAUCGCGUCGGAGCAGGUCAUCCCCGGGUACGGCGGUGGCAUGAGCUCUGCCAAGGCCGCUUUGGAGAGCGACACGCGCGUGCUGGCAUGGGAGGCGGGGCGGAAGUACGGCAUCCGGGUCAACACCAUCUCCGCAGGUCCUCUGCGCAGCCGGGCAGCCAAGGCCAUUGGGUUCAUCGACAACAUGAUCAACUACGCCGCUGCCAACUCGCCGCUCCCCAAGGAGCUGGACGCCGACGAGGUUGGCGCCACUGCCGCCUUCCUCGCCUCGCCCCUGGCUUCGGCUAUUACUGGAGUGACACUGUAUGUGGACAACGGGCUCCAUGCCAUGGGCGUUGCUGUUGAUAGCCCGGCCAUUGCCAAUGCAGGAAAGGAGUAGGCAAAACAGGGAGGCCUUGUAAUGCCACUUCUUAUGACAAUGUCUUUCUAGAUCUGUUCACUGGAGUUGUUUCCUGGAGUUGAGUGAAAGUGCGAUGGGGAAUACCAGUUUUGACACAGGCGUCAUCACACAAGUUGCUGCCACGUAUUGACACAGUGGCACCUAUCUGGUGUACAAUUGGACUAAAAUCUGGAGGCUUUGUAAUGCCACUUCUUAUGACAAUUUCUUGCUAGAU